GCGGAGCCGGAGCCGAGCGGAGCCGGUGCUGGGGCGGCUCAUUGCGGCGCGGCGCGGCGGCAGCAUGGCCACCACCGUGCCCUGCACCCGUUUCACCGACGAGUACCAGCUCUACGAGGAGAUCGGCAAGGGAGCUUUCUCGGUCGUCCGGCGCUGCGUCAAGCUCUGCACUGGCCAUGAGUACGCUGCUAAGAUCAUCAACACCAAAAAGCUCUCAGCCAGAGACCACCAGAAGCUGGAGCGCGAGGCGCGCAUCUGCCGGCUGCUCAAGCACUCCAAUAUUGUGCGGCUCCACGACAGCAUCUCCGAGGAGGGGUUUCAUUACCUCGUCUUUGACCUGGUGACAGGUGGCGAGCUCUUUGAGGACAUCGUGGCACGGGAGUACUACAGUGAGGCUGAUGCCAGCCACUGCAUCCAGCAGAUCCUGGAGGCUGUCCUGCACUGUCACCAGAUGGGGGUGGUCCACAGGGACCUCAAGCCGGAAAACCUGCUCCUGGCCAGCAAGUGCAAAGGAGCAGCAGUGAAGCUGGCGGACUUCGGCCUUGCCAUCGAGGUGCAGGGGGAUCAGCAGGCCUGGUUCGGAUUUGCAGGCACACCUGGCUACCUGUCCCCUGAGGUCCUGCGCAAAGAGGCCUAUGGCAAACCGGUGGACAUCUGGGCAUGUGGGGUCAUCCUGUACAUCCUGCUGGUGGGCUACCCGCCGUUCUGGGACGAGGACCAGCACAAACUCUACCAACAAAUCAAGGCCGGGGCCUACGAUUUCCCUUCACCUGAGUGGGACACAGUCACCCCCGAAGCGAAAAACCUCAUCAAUCAGAUGCUGACCAUCAACCCCGCCAAACGCAUCACAGCCCACGAGGCCCUCAAGCACCCGUGGGUCUGCCAACGUUCUACUGUGGCCUCCAUGAUGCACAGGCAGGAGACAGUGGAGUGCUUGAAAAAGUUCAAUGCCCGGAGGAAGCUCAAGGGUGCCAUCCUCACCACCAUGCUGGCCACCAGGAACUUCUCAGUGGGCAGACAGACCACCGCUCCUCCCACCAUGUCGGCGGCCGCUGCCGGGGCCCCCCUGGGGCUGGUGGAACAAGCAGCUAAGAGCUUACUGAACAAGAAGGCCGACGGCGUGAAGCCCCAGACCAACAGCACCAAAGGCAGUGCUGGCGUCACCAGCCCCAAGGGGACCCUCCCACCCACCGCUCUGGAGCCUCAAACUACUGUAAUUCAUAACCCCGCGGACGGCACCAAGGAGUCCUCCGACAGCACCAACACCACCAUUGAGGACGAGGACACCAAAGCCCGCAAGCAGGAGAUCAUCAAGAUCACGGAGCAGCUCAUCGAGGCCGUCAACAACGGGGACUUCGAGGCCUACGCGAAGAUCUGCGACCCGGGGCUCACCUCCUUUGAGCCCGAGGCACUGGGCAACCUGGUGGAGGGGAUGGACUUCCACCGCUUCUACUUCGAGAACUUGCUCUCCAAGAACAACAAGCCGAUCCACACGACCAUCCUGAACCCGCACGUGCACGUCAUCGGGGAGGACGCUGCCUGCAUCGCCUACAUCCGCCUCACCCAGUACAUCGACGCGCAGGGCCGGCCCCGCACCAGCCAGUCCGAGGAGACCCGCGUGUGGCACCGCCGCGAUGGCAAGUGGCAGAACGUCCACUUCCACGGUUCGGGGGCCCCCGUCGCCCCGCUGCAGUGAAGAGCUUGCGGUGGCUGUCCUGGUUCCAGCCCGAUGGAGACGGCGAUGGGAGCCGAGGCGGCAGCCGGAGCUGCGGCCCCCCAAGCACGCGUCCGCAUGCCUGUCCCCCCUACCCUGGCCCCUGCUCCCCCCUCCAGUGCCUGUGUUUGCAGAAAACAAAAAACAAAACAAAACAACAAAAAAAAAAACAAAAAAGAAAAAAAAAAAACAAAAAGCAAAAAAAACCC